GUUAUCGAGAGAAUUAUACAACUGUAAUAGUAUUUAUUUAUGUUAUCGAGAGCAUUACACAACUGUAAUAGUAUUUAUUUAUAACAUUAGGUUAUUAUAAAUGUUGAACCUGCUCAUCAAAUUCAGGAAAAAAAUCCUUAGCCCUAUUGCAAAAAGGCUAUAUCUAUGUGUACCACGAUGCCAAUUUGUAAUAUGAUGACAUGACAUCCACGAUUUUACCUACAAGAAACUUUGGUUAACAAAUACCCCCUUACUAUUGAGCGAGUCAUAUGCAGGCUAAUUAGGUACGAAAAACACUGAAAGAAGUGUGUCCCGUGUCCCAAUUAGGUACGAGAGCAAUGUUGCGCGACGCGAGAGAACAGGGAAUCUGAGAGCCAAGAGUAGCCUACUGGCGAGAGCGUUCAGGCGUCAUCUAUCCAUCGUCUUUCUGUAGCUACAAACAUCCAAUCUUCACUGACAGUAUUGCAAGUGCCUGUGCUGCACCUGUCCAUAAUUUUAAAUCGAGCGAAAACAGAAUCGAAAACAGUCAGCGACAGAUGUGAUUCGAUUCUUUAAAACUAAAAGAUAGACUAUACUGCAGGCAUUCGAUUCUCAGACUUUCUUGCUGAUGUCCUUCAGGUAGCUCUGCACCACUCUACAGAGGCAAUGGGUACACUUCGAGACUUGCAGUUUGCCCUGCAACUGAAGAUUGAGGAGCUUCGCCAGAGGGAUACACUCAUUGAUGAGCUGGAGCUGGAGUUGGAUGCCAAGGAUGACUUGAUUCGGAGGCUGCAGGGUGAACUGGACCGCUACAGGGCAACCAUCACUCCCCCAGAGUCUUCUGGAGCUAUUGAAGGGAAUUCUGCACAGUGUGAAGAGAUCCAGAGAACCAGAAGAAAGACCAUAUUCUCAAAGCCCCUCACUCAGGAUCCAAGGCAACGUGCUUUGGCCACCUUGAAAAGCUACAACAAAAGCCAACAGUCACAGGAGCUGAUUCAGACCUCCUUUUUAGAGAAUGACUUUCUAAAGAACCUGGAAAGUGGGCAAAUCCUGGCUAUAAUGGACUGUAUGUACCCCACCACGGUCAACCAAGGCUGCUGCGUCAUUCAAGAGGGAGACAGUGGAACUCUUGCCUAUGUUCUAGAAGAGGGGAAGAUGGAGAUGACCAAGGAUGCCAAGAAGCUUCUCACAAUUGAACCAGGAAAAGUGUUUGGAGAAUUGGCACUCCUGUACAGCUGCACCUACACCUACACUAUAUCAGCCCUAAAACACAGCAUGUUGUGGGUUAUUGACCGGCAGAGCUUUCAGACCAUCAUGGUGCAGAGUGGCCUCAGCAGACUGGCCGAGUUCAGAGAGCUCCUCUGCAGAGUACCCUUCCUGCGCUCGCUGCCAGAGGAUGUGCUCAUGAAAGUGUCUGAUAUUCUGGAAGAGAGUCGUUACAGUGAAGGUGAUUAUAUUAUUCGCCAGGGUGCCACAGGGGACACGUUCUACAUCAUCAGUAGUGGCCAGGUGAAGGUGACAGAGAACAAGUCAGCCGAUGAAGAGGCAGUACUCCUGUCAACUCUCUCUGAGGGCCAUUGGUUUGGAGAGAAAGCACUGAGGGGAGAGGAUGUGCGGACAGUGAAUGUCAUUGCUGCUGGUGAUGUCACAUGCCUGGUUGUGGAUAGAGAGUCUUUCAAAAAGAUCAUAGGUUUGGUAGAGGACAGUCAUAAUGUGCACAAGAGCAGCGAACUCAAAGCCCAGUCAGAGGAAGAUGCAGCUCUCCUAUCCAACGCCUCUCUCAGAGAUUUCCAGGUGAUCUGUAACCUAGGAGAGGGAGAAACGGGUCAUUCAGAGCUGGUACAGCUUAAGACCAACAUCAACUGCCCGUUCACCAUGAGGGUGUUGAGGAAGCAUCAGAUCCUAAGCACUGCUCAACAGGAGUGCAUCCUGAGGGAAAGACACAUCCUCAUGGCAGCUCAUAGUCCAUUCAUCGUCAGGUUACACCGUACCUUCCGAGAUGCAAAGUGCCUGUACAUGCUGACAGAAGCUUGUUUAGGUGGUGAGCUCUGGAAUCUACUGAAAGACAGAGGCUCGUUUGAUGACAGUAGCACACGUUUUUACACUGCCUGUGUUGUUGAGGCCCUUAUCUUCCUGCACCACAACAAUAUCACAUACAGGGAUCUGAAGCCUGAGAAUGUAGUUCUUGACCAGCGUGGAUAUGCCAAAGUGGUGGGGUUUGGUUGUGCUAAAAGAGUGGGCUUGGGUAAGAAAACGUGGACGUUCUGUGGCACACCUGACUAUGUGGCCCCUGAGAUAAUCCUGAACAAGGGGCACAGUGUGUCUGCAGAUCUCUGGUCUCUAGGCGUCUUCGUGUUUGAACUGCUGAGUGGAAGUCUCCCAUUCUGUGGCACUGAUCCUAUGAAGACUUUCACAGCCACCAUCCGUGGGAUUGACCUGGUUGAAUUCCCCAAAACCAUCAGUAAGAGUGCCUCAAGCCUGAUCAAGAAGCUCUGCAGGAACAACCCUGCAGAGAGACUGGGGAACCAGAGAAACGGGGCCAAGGACAUCCAGAAGCACAAGUGGUUUGAAGGUUUCAACUGGGAAGGACUUCGCAAAGGCACUUUGUCUCCCCCAAUCAUACCGAAAGACAAUGACCCAACACACCUCCAGGCUGUGUAAGGGCUAUGUGACCAAGAAGGAGAGUGAUGGAGUGCUUCAUCAGAUGACCUGGCCUCCACAAUCACCCGACCUCAAGCCAAUUGAGAUGGUUUGAGAUGAGUUGGACCACAGAGUGAAGGAAAAGCAGCCAACAAGUGCUCAGCAUAUGUGGGAACUCCUUCAAGACUGCUGGAAAAGCAUUCCAGUUCAUCAGUCACUUGGAGGACAGCAAAUUGGACCCCUUCACUGACAUCCUUGAGGACUCACCAGCUGUUGAGGACUCAGACUGGGACAUAGAUUUCUGAUUGAACAAUAUAAUGCUGAUCUGGGUUGAAUCCUACACAUGAUCUGAUACGAAAAUAGUUUUUGGUACUGGAAAUAAAUGAAACCGAAGAGAGAGAGCAAUGUAAUGCAAUUGUGUUCAGCGUUCUUUUAUUUCAACGGGUUAGAAUUCUUUGUAAUGACAUAUUUUGUGAACUAGCAAAGAAGUGAAUGUUGUUAGCUGUUCCUGUAUUAUGAUAUUUCUUACUUUGUAUUAUUGUUUUACCAAAAGUGUUAUGUAGGCAUUUUCAAUUCAUAAACAUAUGAGUCAACAUCUGAAUAUUUGUAAGUAAAUAAACAAACAAAUAAUAAU